AAAAAAAAAAAAAAAAAAGAAAAAAAAAAGUAAAAAGAAAAAAAAGAAACAGAAAAAAUAGAAAAGAAAAAAAAAUUGCAAUGAUACGUAAUAACAAUGUAGAAAACUACUUUAUCGUCAUCGACGUAUACGCGUACAAUGAUUUAUAUUUAACAAGAAUUUGUGAUUAAGAAAAAAAAAAAUGAAAUGGAAAGGAAAAGAAAUAUAUAACGAGAUCGAAGGGGUAAAAAAAAAAUAGAAAAAGAAAAAGAAACGUAUCGUUCAUUUUCACGAAGAAAGGAACAAAAUGAAAAGUAUAAAUAUUGUAUUCUAAUACGCGCCAUUAUCGAUUGAUAAGAGAGUGAAUCGAUAUUACCGAUAGAGUUAGUAGAGAGUUGUUCCGUGCGAGGGAGCUAGUGUACGCUGGUAGUGGGGAGCAAGCGAGCAUCUCAUUUCAUUCGCUCGCCAACCGUCGAGCGAGGUGUCACGCGUCUCGUCGGACGAAUAUUUUCACGUCGCGUCCUUUUCGUCCGUUCGUUUUCUAUCCGUGUGUUGUUGUACGUGUAUAAUAAAUGCGUACGUGUAUUUGUAAUAUCGUUACAGUGUGAUUUGUACAAUGUGAUUAUUAUUAUUAUUAUUAUUAUUCUUUUUCUCAAUAAUAAUAAUAUUAAUAUUAAUAAUAAUUUAUUAUUAUUAUUAUUGUGACUCUUUUGUGUAUAUAUUCGUCGUUAAUCGAAAAAUUUGCAGUGUUUAAAUCUUUAUUGUGCGAUCUAAUUUAGAUUUCAACUUUUUUUUUUUUUUUUUUUUUUUUUUUUUUUUUUUUUUUUUCCUUCCCAUUGUCUUUCAUUUUUACGAAGAUCAAGAACGAUCGAAGGAAAUUAUUAUCAUCGAAAGUGACACACAAGUAAAUAGACGCAAAGAUAUACAACGUACAUCGGACAUAAACGCACGCACGCACGCACGCAGGCACGCACGAAAAAAUCAAAGAAGAAAUCGAUUGAUCAUGUAUCACGUUUGACAAUUUUUGAUGUUACUUUGAGAGUGGCAGAAUGUCAACUGCGGGUAAUAGUGGUGGGGGAGGUGGGAGCUGUGGAGGUGGCGGUGGAGGAGGUGGGGGAGGAGGAGGUGGUGGUGGUGGUGGUGGUGGUGGAAGUGUCAGCGGCGCUUUAAGUUUAAUGGGCUGCGUCAGAGAAGCUUCUCCACCACCCCCAAAUCAUCAUCAUCAUCAUCAUCAUUAUCAUCAGCAUCAUCAGCAUAAUCAGCAACAACAGACUCGUGGAUUUGGAAUUGGCGAUUUAUCGUCAAACAGUAGCGUCGAUCCUUUACCCAAAGAACCAAAAAAACGUCGUUUCCAUCCAUUAAGGGGAUUGAGAAAAAUUUUUCGAAGGAAAAGCCGUGGCCCGGCUGACGUACGUUUAGUGUCCGCACCAGGUACGAUCGGAAACGGGGAACGGGAUAGUUCGGAAUUGGCACGGAUCCCGCGGGAAGAUGUUACAAUAAGACAUCCUGCUGGAAGGGCCGAAGAAGCACGAAGUAGAAGUGCCAGCGAGCUAUUAACAGACACCUGCGACCACGAGAGCAGUAAAAGAAGUUCAAUUUCUUCAAUUACUUCGAUUGGACUAUCAUCUCGAAGCUAUAGAUUGGUUACCCCGGUGAAGCCUCGAAGGUCCUUCAAGCAUGUAUUUCUAAGAAGAAAUGGAACCGAAGAUUCUUUCGUAAAGUUACGAGGUGGUACAGGGAAAUUGUCAGUAUCUCACGAUAGUGUUUUCCCAGGGGAGGUGCCAAAUACUCGUCCUCUUUCCUCAUUGGACAGUCUACCAGCCCUCGAGCGACGACAAGAGAGGAAAAGCAACGAGAUCGAACACAAAGACUAUGCACCGUACGUAGUACAAAGGCACAGGAUAUCCUUACGAGUACUCGAGCAAAUAAAAACGGUCAUAGAGAAUCGGAAUCAGCAACAACAACAAUCAUCGACAAUUUCAUCUGACAAUUCAAGUAAUACGUUGCAACAGACUGUUGGAGAACGUUAUCAGCAGGAAACCACCGAGAAUCAUUUUGGAAAUUACGACAAACCUGAUAGGGGUGCGAACGAUGAGAGCCAUAUCAAAGUCACCAAACCCGCGAAAGAAAAUGUCGAGAGGACAGUUUCUACGGUGAAAGAGGAUUUACCUCAAUUCGAGAGUGCCAGCUUGAAUCAUACGGCAGCCCUUCAUAGAAUUUCGGUAAGGCCGAAAAAUCGUCGGCCACCAAGACGCGCUCCAUCAACGAUAAACAAGACUGCAACGUCAACGAUAACGACCAUAGUCGAGGAUACGAUGGACGAUUUGGAUCAACCAAAGUCACCUAAAAAUAUCAUCUCGUCCAGUUCCCCAAUAGAAUCGAAAAAGAAUGUAAUACCAUCGGUUACACGUAAACCUUCAGCGAGGACAUCAAGAAAUUCAGAUGUGUUCGAAGGCCUAGAAUCACCACAACUACAACCACAAUCCCAACAACAGCAACAGCAACAGCAACAGCAACAACAACAGCAACAGCAACAACCACAGCAACAACCACAACUUAGACUACCUAAAAAACCUUCAAGCAUUGCGUCCUUGUCACCUGACAGUCUGGACCCACCUAAUGUAUCAAGGACAACUAACAUUGAAUCCAGUGAUGAACAAGUUGAUAUCAGAUCAAUCGCAAGGAGAUCAUCCAAUCGUAUAUCAAAAGGAUCAGAUGUAUUUGAAGAAUUGGAAUCUAAGUUACCACGUAGAAGAUUGUCAUCUAGUAGAUCAUCAAAGUCACCCGAUAGCUUGGAAGCUAGUUCAUUCUUAUUCUCAAAGUCAACCGAUGGAUUUGAGAAUUUAAUAGAAUAUGAAGAAACUACGAAACCUUUAGUAUCUAGAAGACUGCUCAAUCCGAUAUCAAAAUCAACUGAUCGUAUAUCUAAAUCUUCUGAUAGUUUAGAGGCCAUUGAAGCUUUGACCAGUGAUGAUUCAAUAGAACGUAGAAGAAGUAGUUUUGAAUUUCGAGGAAGGAGAACAUCAAAAUCAAUAUCAAAAUCAUCAGAAAGUUUUGAAAUACUUGAUCAGUGUCACAAUGGUUCAGAUAUGAUUCAAAAAGAAUUACAAAAGAGAAGUAGCAUAUCUGAUAUGAAUCUUUCAACGGGUAGAAGACUUUCCAAGGGUACAUCAAAAUCUACGGAAAGUUUUGAAAGGAUUGAUACCUGUGAAUUUAAAAAUGUUGAACAUUAUAAAAAGGAGAAUGACGAAGAGGAGGAAGAACGUGAAGAGGAAGGAAAAAUUCUUCGAAGAAGGACCAACAAAAGAAUGUCAUCAGAAAGUUCUGAUAAUCUUGACGUUGACGAUAGAUUAGAAAAUAGAAGAGUCAGACGUAUACCAAAAAGAGUACCAAGUACAAGUAUCAUUGAUAUCGUACCAACCGAUAAUAAUAAAGAUGAAAGAAGAUCUAUUAGAAAAUCAAGAUUACAGAAAUCAUCUGAGAGUUCAGAAUUAGGUAGUACAGAUACAUUGGAUUCUGAAAGAAGGAAUAAAUCAUCAGAGAGUACUGAAACAUUGGAUAGUUUGGAAAAAGAUGUAGAACAGGAUAGAAAAGAAAUGGAAAUAACUGAUAACGUUUUGGAUAGACGUGAUAAGAAUGAUUCUUGGUCCAGCCGAAGUAUGACGACGGAUUCUGAUCAGACAUCUAUGGCAGACGGUACAGAGGAUUCAAAAUCAUUGAUAUCACCAGAUAAAUUCUAUUGGCGUCAAUCGUCAGAUACCAAGGAGAAUAUAGAUAUACAUCAAUUAUUGGCGAUUACUAUAGUUACACGUAUGGCUGACAAUGGUAAUAAUCAACGUAGUCCAGUUAUUUAUCCAAAGAAGAAACAACAGAUUACAACUUCACCUCCGACUUCGCCGGUCGCCAAACAAGAGGAUAACAAAAUGAUUUUUGAUAAUCUUUUAACGAGCAAGAACGACGAGGAUCUUCAAAAUAUGUUAAAUGGAAACAUAUCGGAGGUCUCAACCGAUACUAAAAGUUUUAAAGAAAAACUUAUAAUGUUUGAGAAACUUGGAAAGUAAAAAAAAAACAAAAAAAAAAAAAAAACAAACCCCCUAUCG